GGCAGUAAUUGAAGUUUGAUAAUUUUCAAAGCGAAAAUGAAGCUCUACACACAAGUUAUCCUGCUGGGCGUGACCCUGUUCAGCGUCUCUGCUGUGCCUCGUUCCGGCCUUGAGAGCGCCCUCUUCCGCAUGGUCUUGGGUGGUGAGCUGGAGCCCCGGGUCCUGACACCUGCCGCCCAGACCUGUGCCAACAACUACCUGAAUGCCACCCAGAAGACCGGCGACACUCUGGCCAAUUCCACCAAUGCCUGUGAGGAGUCAGCCAACCGUACCAAGGUGGCCUAUGUCCAGAGCAGCAACUCCACCGUCAACCAGAUCCGUGCCCAGCUUCUGACCCUCGAGCAGAACCUGCAGCUGUGCCGCAACGAGACCGACUCCGCCAGAUUCCUCAACUGCACCGUGUCCACUUUUGACAAGAACCUGCAGCUGCUGGACACCUCCAACUCGCAGGCCUACACCACUCAGACUCAGUUCAACUCCAAUGAGACUCAGGUCAGCGCCGCCAGGACCAACUGCAUCAGUGCUGCCGUCAGCGAGGCCAAGGUUCAGUCUAUUCAAAUUGCCAAUGACUUUGACAGCUGUCUGGCCAAGGUUCCAGCUCAGAGGGAGUUGGUUGAGCAGCAGCAGCAGCCUCAGCCCUUCCAGCCUGCCCAGAUUCACAAGGAGCAGGUUCCAGAGAAGCACACCCAGGAGUUGGAGGAUAUGUCUCUGGCUAACUAAGCUUUAAAAAUGCAAAAUUAAUAAAAAAAAGGUUUUCAUUCAACAAAAA